GCCUCGGCCUCCCAAAGUGCUGGGAUUACAGGUGUGAGCCACCGCGCCCGGCAGGGCUGCGCUUAAAAAUGCCCACACUUCCGAGCAAGAAGCAGGUCCCAUCCCCCUCUGCUGACGUCACGCCUGUGGAUUGGCUGAUGGAGCUGUGAGCGCGGCUGUAGUUGAGCGCGGGGAACCCGAAACCUGGCAGUCGCCAUGACUGGCUCUCCGGCGUCAUCAAGCUGCCGAGGCUUCAAGCUCUUUUUCUUCUUGCCCCUACACCGCCUCCUGUUGUUGUUUCUGGUUUUGCUUGGGACCCUGGCCAACAAACUUAACGUGCCACAGGUGUUGCUACCCUUCGGCCGAGAGCCAGGAAGGGUGCCUUUCCUGCUGGAGGCGCAGCGGGGCUGCUACACUUGGCAUUCCACCCAUCAUGAUGCAGUUACUGUUGAGCCUUUAUAUGAAAAUGGCACCUUGUGUUCCCAAAAAGCUGUACUCAUUGCUGAAUCUACGCAACCGAUACGCCUCAGCAGUAUUAUUCUUGCUCGAGAAAUAGUGACUGACCAUGAGCUACGCUGUGAUGUUAAGGUUGAUGUGAUAAACAGCAUUGAAAUUGUAUCUCGGGCCCGGGAACUUUAUGUAGAUGAUUCGCCACUGGAACUGAUGGUGAGGGCAUUGGAUGCUGAAGGAAAUACAUUUAGUAGUUUGGCAGGGAUGAUGUUUGAGUGGAGCAUUGCCCAGGACAACGAGUCAGCAAGAGAAGAACUGUCCAGCAAAAUUAGGAUUCUUAAAUACUCUGAAGCAGAAUAUGCUCCCCCAAUGUAUAUAGCCGAGAUGGAAAAAGAGGAGAAACAAGGAGAUGUGAUUUUAGUGUCUGGGAUUAGAACUGGUGCUGCUGUUGUAAAAGUUCGAAUUCAUGAACCAUUCUAUAAGAAAGUGGCAGCAGCAUUAAUACGUCUGCUUGUUUUGGAGAAUAUAUUUCUUAUACCAUCCCAUGAUAUUUAUCUCUUAGUAGGAACAUAUAUUAAAUACCAAGUUGCAAAAAUGGUUCAAGGGAGAAUGACAGAGGUGAAAUUUCCCCUGGAACAUUAUAUACUGGAAUUGCAAGACCAUAGAGUUGCACUUAAUGGGUCUCAUUCUGAGAAAGUAGCUUUACUGGAUGACAAAACAGCCAUGGUGACUGCCUCACAACUGGGCCAGACUAAUCUUGUCUUUGUCCAUAAAAAUGUUCAUGUGCGAUCUGUGUCUGGAUUCCCAAAUUGCACCAUAUAUGUUGUAGAGCCUGGAUUUUUAGGUUUCACUGUCCAACCUGGAAACCGAUGGAGUCUAGAGGUGGGACAGGUGUAUGUCAUUACAGUAGACGUCUUUGAUAAAAGCGGCACAAAGAUCUAUAUUUCAGAUAAUCUCAGGAUUACACACGACUUUCCUAAAGAGUACUUUGGAGAGCAACUAACUACUGUGAAUGGAUCUUACCAUAUAGUAAAAGCCCUGAAAGAUGGUGUUGUGGUAAUAAGUGCAUCCCUGACCUCCAUCAUUUACCAGAAUGAAGAUAUUCAGCCUAUAAAAUUUCUAAUCAAACACCAACAAGAAGUGAAGAUUUAUUUUCCCAUCAUGCUUACACCCAAAUUUCUGGCAUUUCCUCACCAUCCUAUGGGAAUGUUAUAUCAUUAUAAAGUACAGGUAGAGGGUGGCAGUGGCAACUUCACCUGGACUUCUUCUAAUGAAACAGUGGUCAUAGUAACCACUAAAGGAGUAGUGACUGCAGGUCAGGUCAGGGGGAAUAGUACUGUUUUGGCCCGAGAUGUACAAAAUCCCUUUCGAUAUGGAGAAAUUAAGAUACAUGUCCUGAAACUGAACAAAAUGGAACUGUUACCAUUUCAUGCUGAUGUGGAGAUUGGCCAGAUUAUAGAAAUCCCCAUUGCAAUGUAUCACAUAAAUAAAGAGACCAAAGAAGCCAUGGCAUUCACAGACUGCUCUCAUUUAUCCUUGGAUCUGAACAUGGAUAAACAAGGAGUCUUUACUCUUCUCAAAGAAGGUAUUCAAAGACCUGGACCAAUGCAUUGUUCCAGUACACAUAUCGCAGCUAAAUCUCUCGGCCAUACUCUGGUAACAGUAAGUGUGAGUGAAUGUGACAAGUACUUGGAGAGCAGUGCUACAUUUGCUGCUUAUGAACCCCUAAAGGCUCUAAAUCCUGUGGAAGUGGCAUUGGUGACAUGGCAGUCUGUGAAGGAAAUGGUAUUUGAAGGGGGUCCUCGUCCAUGGAUCUUGGAACCCUCCCGAUUUUUUUUGGAAUUGAGUGCAGAGAAGACAGAGAAGAUUGGAAUAGCACAAGUGUGGCUGCCAUCUAAGAGAAAACAGAACCAGUACAUCUACCGGAUCCAAUGCCUGGAUUUAGGGGAACAAGUUCUCACAUUCCGAAUUGGAAAUCAUCCAGGUGUCCUGAACCCUAGUCCAGCUGUAGAGGUUUUGCAGGUUCGCUUCAUAUGUGCCCACCCUGCCAGUAUGUCAGUAACUCCAGUAUACAAGGUGCCAGCUGGUGCCCAGCCAUGUCCUCUGCCACAGCACAACAAACAACUGAUUCCUGUGUCAAGACUGAGGGACACAGUCCUGGAACUAGCAGUGUUUGAUCAACAUAGGAGAAAGUUUGAUAAUUUCAGUUCACUAAUGCUAGAAUGGAAAUCCUCCAAUGAAACACUAGCCUAUUUCGAAGAUUAUAAAUCAGUGGAAAUGGUAGCAAAAGAUGAUGGCAGUGGGCAGACCCGGUUACAUGGUCAUCAGAUCCUUAAAGUACGUCAGAUAAAAGGAACUGUACUUAUUGGAGUCAAUUUUGUGGGCUAUUCAGAGAAGAAAAGCCCAAAAGAAAUUUCCAACUUGCCCAGAUCUGUAGAUGUGGAACUGCUCCUGGUAGAUGAUGUAACUGUAGUGCCUGAGAACGCCACCAUCUAUAACCACCCUGAUGUGAAGGAAAUAUUUAGCCUUGUGGAAGGAUCUGGUUAUUUUUUAGUCAACAGCAGUGAGCAGCAUGUUGUCACCAUCACUUACACGGAAGCAGAAAGCUCUGUUGAGUUAGUUCCAUUACAUCCUGGAUUUCUUACCUUGGAGGUCUAUGAUCUUUGUUUGGUUUUCUUGGGUCCAGCAACAGCCCAUCUCAGGGUGUCAGACAUACAAGAGCUGGAGCUUGAUCUGAUUGAUAAGGUUGAAAUAGGCAAAACUGUGUUAGUGACUGUGAGGGUUCUUGGCUUUUCCAAACGCCCAUUUCAAAAUAAAUACUUCAGAAACAUGGAACUCAAACUGCAGUUGGCUUCUGCCAUUGUCACCCUGACGCUAAUGGAGGAACAGGACGAAUACUCUGAAAAUUAUAUUCUUCGAGCUACCACUAUUGGGCAAACCACACUUGUGGCUAUUGCUAGGGACAAGAUGGGAAGAAAAUACACAUCAACUCCUCGGCACAUUGAAGUGUUUCCUCCAUUCAGACUUCUUCCAGAGAAAAUGACACUGAUUCCAAUGAAUAUGAUGCAGGUAAUGUCUGAAGGUGGCCCCCAGCCCCAAUCCAUCAUUCACUUCUCCAUCAGUAAUCAGACCGUGGCUGUUGUUAAUAGAAGGGGGCAAGUUACAGGGAAGAUGGUUGGCACAGCUGUGGUUCAUGGCACCAUCCAGACAGUAAAUGAAGAUACUGGCAAAGUCAUUGUGUUUUCUCAGGAUGAAGUACAGAUUGAAGUUGUUCAGCUAAGGGCUGUUAGGAUCCUUGCAGCUGCAACUCGGCUCAUCACAGCUACCAAGAUGCCAGUUUAUGUCAUGGGAGUUACCAGUACCCAGACCCCUUUCUCCUUCAGCAAUGCUAAUCCUGGGCUCACAUUCCACUGGUCUGUGAGCAAAAGGGAUGUAUUGGAUCUAGUGCCCAGGCAUUCAGAGGUUUUUCUACAGCUCCCAGUAGAGCAUAACUUUGCCAUGGUUGUCCACACAAAAGCAGCAGGCCGGACCCGUAUCAAGGUCACCGUUCACUGCAUGAACAGUUCCUCUGGGCAGUUUGAGGGGAAUUUGUUGGAACUCUCUGAUGAAGUACAGAUCCUGGUGUUUGAAAAACUCCAACUCUUCUAUCCAGAGUGCCAACCAGAGCAGAUUCUGAUGCCUAUAAAUUCUCAGCUCAAACUCUAUACCAACAGGUAAGGAAAAGAGAGAAUAAGGAAGUGCCAGGAUCCAAGCUUAAGUAUUUUCAAGGAUGGUGGAAGGGCUCCUUGAAAGCUGGCCACUUCUGCAGGUACUUUGCUUGUAUUGGAAGUCACUUCUAUAGAACUCUUAGUCAACCAAACAACCAUAACUGGGUUUUGUUUCCCACAGGUAGCACCGGUGACAUACCUGCGAGUGAGCAGCCAACUCAGUUUUUCAUACACAGCCUAAGGAAGGACCCUGUCAGCAUCUCCUGGCAUGUCUCUCACCUUCACUGUUCAGUUUUAUAAUAGUAUCGGAGAGAAAUUCCACACACACAAUACCCAGCUUUAUCUGGCUCUGAACAGAGAUGACUUGCUGCUUAUUGGACCAGGGCAUAAGAACUAUACUUACAUGGCCCAGGCUAGAACAGAGGGCUGACACUUGUGGGGCUUGGGACCGAGACAUCCAGGCAUGGCAGAUUAUAUUCCUGUUGCUGUAGAGCAUGCCAUUGAGCCAGACACUGCUUACCUUGUUGGAGAUGUCAUCUGCUUCAGUACUCACCUUGUCAGCCAGCAUGGCGAACCUGGGAUAUGGAUGAUUUCUGCUGACAAUAUUCUACAGAUAGACAUUGUCACUGGAGGAGGGCUGGAGUCCAGGACUGCAAUGAUUUUCAGCAAAGAACAUCCAGGAGUAGUGAAAACAUAUCGAGAGGUGGUGGUCAAUGCAUCAUCAAGAUUAAUGCUCAGUUAUGACCUCAAGACUUAUCUCACCAACACCCUCAAUUCAACUGUAUUCAAGCUCUUCAUCACCACUGGCAGAAAUGGUGUGUCAAUCUUAAAGGCUGGAUUCUGUACAAACCAGGCCUUCUGGUCACAUAAAGUACUUCUUCCAGCAACCCUCAUGCUGUGCCAAGUACAGUUCAGUAGUACUUUGCUAGACAUUCCAGCAAGUAAAGUCUUUCAUGUCCAUUCAGAUUUCAGUAUGGAGAAAGGGGUUUAUAUCUGCAUAAUCAAGGUUCGACCGCAGUCAGAGGAGCUGCUACAGGCCCAGGUGGCCGACACCUCAGUCUAUAGGGCUACACUGGUCAGUAACGACAAGAAUGGAAUGCAACGCCUCAUUCCUUUCAUCCCAGCCUCCCUUUAUAUUAACCAGUCAGAAUUGGUUCUUAGCCACAAGCAAGAUAUCGGAGAGAUAAGAGUACUGGGAGUGGACAGAGUUCUUGGGAAGCUAGAGGUCAUCUCCAGCUCCCCAGUUCUAGUGGUCACUGGCCAUAGCCGUUCUCCCCUCACUCCUGGCCUGGCCAUCUACUCUGUAAGAGUGCUGCAACUCACUUCCUUCCAGCAGAUGGCAUCAUCUGUUUUCAUCAAUAUUUCCUGUGUACUCACCAGUCAAAGUGAGGCAGUGGUAGUGAGGGCUAUGAAAGAUAAGUUGGGUGCAGAUCAUUGUGAAGAUUCAGCCAUCCUCAAGCGGUUCACUGGCUCUUACCGGAUCCUGCUCUUGACCCUCUUUGCAGUGCUGGCAUCAACAGCUUUCAUCUUCCUAGCAUAUAACGCCUUCCUAAACAAGAUACAAACAGUUCCAGUUGUGUAUGUACCAACUCUAGGAACACCACAGCCAGGUUCUUUUAACUCCACAACUUCUCCCCCUCACUUCAUGAGUCUACAACCUCCACUGGCCCAAAGUCGGCUGCAACAUUGGUUAUGGAGUAUAAGACACUAA